GGACUAUUUACAUUUUGCUUAUCAAAGUCAUUGAUUUUAGUUAUGGCAACAUAUGUCAAACCACUGUAAUACAUAUUUUGUUAACGAGACAUGCUUUAAACUAACUUUGCUAGUGGUACUCAUUCAAUUUAUUAUGUGAGAAUGACAACCAUUGCACUGUUUCUGUCAGUCAGCUGAGGUAGGUGGGGUCACAAAGAGCCAAGAUGGCUGACUUUGAGGGGCCGCUGUCAGAUGAAGAGAAGGUACGCAUAGCGGCCAACUUCGUGACUCAUGCCCCUCCAGGAGAGUUCAAUGAGGUCUUCAAUGAUGUGCGGCUUCUUCUCGACAAUGACAAUCUCCUUAGGGAGGGAGCAUCACACUCCUUUGCCCAGUACAACAUGGAUCAGUUUACUCCUGCCAAACUAGAGGGCUAUGAUGAGCCGGUCCUGAUCACAGAGCAUGGUGACUUGGGUCAGGGACGAUUCCUGGACCCCAGAAACCAUUUAUCGUUCCGCUUCGACCACCUAAGAAAAGAGGUGAGCGACGUGCAGCCAUAUGAAGGAGAAACUGCCCUGAGAAGCUGGAGAGAUGCCUGUGAUACCUCCCUUAGUGCCUAUGUCAAAGAGCACUACCCUACUGGAGUCUCCACGGUAUAUGGAAAAACAGUUGACGGCCAGCCAACGAUCAUAGCCUGCAUUGAGGGACAUCAGUUUCAACCCAAAAACUUCUGGAAUGGUCGCUGUAGGUCAGAGUGGAAGCUUACCAUUGGUCAAUCUACUGCACAGGUUGUGGGAGUGUUGAAAAUCCAGGUGCACUAUUAUGAAGAUGGGAAUGUGCAGUUGGUUAGCCAUAAGGAGAUAGAAGAAUCAAUACCAGUGACUAAUGAAAGCCAGACUGCCAAGGCAUUUGUUGACAUUAUUUGGAAUGCUGAAAAUGACUACCAGGUUGCAAUCAGUGAAAACUACCAGACCAUGUCUGACACCACCUUUAAGGCCCUGCGUCGACAGCUUCCUGUUACACGCACAAAGAUCGACUGGAAUAAGAUCCUAAGUUACAAAAUUGGCAAGGAGAUGCAGAAUGCCUAGUGGAAGGUCAGAGACUGACCGAGGAGACACACUCACCACUGGGUCCACAACCCACCAAUACAUGUGCAAGGACUAACCAAAGCAAAACUAUAUCAGUAUGGGGCAAGGAAUUAAUAUUUAAAAAAAUAAAAUAAAAAAAAGUAUAACUGAGGAGCUGCAGACUAUUAGGCACAGACAUCUGUCUGCUGUAAGGUUGUGGUUAUGGGGGUAAUCGUGGUUUGGAUAAAGUGGUUACUCCUGGAUGUGUGUUGUGCAAGAGUUGCGUUGGGUCAGUGUGCAGGGCUGUGCUCAGGACUGCUGCAUUUAUGAAGUACAUCUUACUUUGGCUCUAAGGAAUCACAGACCUCCCCGGAUUCAGGUGUCAGACAUGACAAUAUUUUUUUUUUUGUUUUUUUUUUCUUUACUCAAACUGAUGCACAACUAUGAUCAUGUCACAGUGAAGAUCGCAGCACACAGGGAAAUGAACCAAGGCAGCUGAUGAGAGAAAUUAAGCACACGUGUCAGACUUUGAUUUUGGACAGGAACAAAAAAAUGUGAAAGUUUUUGUUUCUUUGUUGUCACAUAUGUGUGGUGCAUCACUCAAAUCGGGACACUGAUAGGAAAAUAGCAGUACCAAAAUUAUAGUAUUGCUGAACUGACAACUUAGUUGUACGUUGCCAGUGAAAGUGACAGUAUUUCUACCUGUUGUUAACAUUCAGGAGUGGCAAGAUCCUCAGCAUAGCUCUGUCUCUGCACAGUAGACAUUUAUGUUUGUCCGUGUGUGUCAGGGCCGAGGGAAUGUUUACUUGUUUUCUGUUGUGUUCCACUUGCGUUAUGUGUCUCCAUUCAUGCAAGCAAUGAUGACUGAAAAAAGAUAAACAGCUUCCAUGCUGCUGCAACUGUAAUGCAUUCUCUGUUCUUACUUUGGCAACUCCACCUCCAUUGCUGUACAGCUUUUCCUUUUUGAAAGGAAAACAUACUCCUAUAAACCAAGAUUUAUUUGCCAAAAUCUCUUUCCUAUGGUAAAGAACUCCAUCCUCUCACCCAUGUAUGCAAAUCUCUAUUUUAAUACGCUGGUUUUUGUUUCAGUCUUAGAAUAUUGCACUCAUAACUGUAACAAACUGUUUGUGUGUUGUCAAUGCCAGUUGAGCGCAAAGCUGUUGCCACGUAAGGCAAGAUCAUAUACUGUAUCAUAUUGUAUGUGUUCCAUGAUGUCUGAGUAGGCUGACUCUGGAUCAGCUACUUGUUAGCUAUACUAUGUGCAGUGUUCAAACCUCACACUAUACUACAACUGUGUGCUGAUCAGUUAUAAAGUUCAAGACUGUACUGCCCCAUUCUGUUGUGCAAAUAAAUGGAUCGAACAUCUCGA